GCGGGGCGGCGCCGGGCGGGCUCUGGGCUCGGGCCGGGCACACGGCCGGCGGCCCGGGAGGAAGCGCCGGGACUUCCUCCGGGGGAGGCCGGCCCGGGGGCGGUGCGCGCCCCGCGGGGAGCGCGGCGAGGCGGCCGCACACGGCGCGGAGGAGGCGAUGCGGGCCGCCUGGGUGCUGCUGCCGGCGCUGGCCGCCCUGUCCGCCUACUAUGUGUACCUGCCGCUGCCCAGCGCCGUGUCCGACCCCUGGAAGCUGAUGCUGCUGGAUGCCACCUUCCGGGCGGUGCAGCAGACGUGUCACCUGAUUCACUAUCUGAGACUCAGCCAUCACUUGAUAGUUCUGAAUUAUUUGAUCUGCACCUUUGACAAGCUGAAGUCUGUCUCCUCUGAGGACAUUAAAAUCACGGAUGCUGUUUUUGACGGCGUGGAAGUGCGAGUGUUUGAACCCCCUGCCAAGGGAGAUGAAAGCCUCAAGCGCAGCGUUGUUUACAUCCACGGAGGGGGCUGGGCCCUGGCAAGUGCAAGAACAAGCCUUUACAACAAUCUCUGCAGAAUCAUGGCUGAGUCUCUGAACGCUGUUGUUGUCUCUGUUGAAUACAGGCUGGUGCCCGAGGUGUGCUUCCCCGAGCAGUACCACGAUGCUCUUCGUGCAACAAAGCAUUUCCUGCAGCCUGAUGUCUUAGCUGAGUAUUCAGUGGACCCCAGUCGAGUUGCAAUCUCAGGGGACAGUGCAGGAGGGAAUUUGGCAGCUGCUGUGUGCCAGCAGCUUAGCAAAGACGAGGAUUUGCCCGUCAGGCCGAAGCUGCAGGCCUUGAUCUACCCAGUCCUGCAGGCGUUCGACUUCAACACGCCCUCCUACCAGCAGAACAGGAACAUGCCCGUGCUGCCCCGCCACGUCAUGAUCAACUACUGGAUCGACUACCUCAACGGCGACUACGGCCUGGCACACGAGCUGCUGGUCAACAACCACACCGCGCUCAACGUCGGCCGGGCGCUGUCCUUCCGCGCGCGCCUCAACUGGACCUCGCUGCUGCCCGCCUCCUUCCAGAAGAGCUACAGGCCCGUGGUGCAGCCCACGGGCUCUGCUGCUAUCGUGGAGCGGCUGCCGGCGCUGCUGGACGUGCGGGCCGUGCCGCUGCUGGCGGACGACGCCACGCUGGCGCGGCAGCCGCGCACCUACGUGCUGACCUGCGAGAACGACGUGCUGCGCGACGACGGCGCCAUGUACGCGCGGCGCCUGGAGCGCGCCGGCGUGCCCGUCACCCUCGACCACUUCCACGACUGCUUCCACGGCUGCAUGAUCUUCACCGUGUGGCCCACGGAUUUCUCGGCCGGCGUGCAGACCAGGAGCAGCUACAUCAAGUGGUUGGAUGAGAACCUCUGAAGGGAGGGCCCCGGCAGAAGACAAAACAAUCAAAAAGUGCACUUUCCCCAAUUCUGACUUCACUGACGCCUGCAGCUGCUGGGGGUACAGACCACUAACUGCAGCGUUCUCCAGCUCCAUUGGCCUUGCCCAGUAAAGCAUUUUGAGAAGUUUGUAUUUUUUUUCAAACCUCAAUUUUUUUCCCCGUUUUCUCCCAGAUGACUAUUGCCAAACGCAGUGUUGAGCAGGGAGAUCAGGAUUCCUGCAGGAUUCUUACCUGGCUGCAACUUUCAAGGUUUGACUCUUAAUUAGGUACAAAGGCCUUGGCUUUCAAGUGAUGUGAGAUAAAUCCUAACACCUACAUCUGCUUCUGAAUAUGUAAAGAUGUGAGCUGUUUCACAGCCGUGCUGAGCAUCUGAUGUCACAGUGAGAACACUCACCUUGGGCAGCAGGGCCAUGCAUUUGAAUGACAAGCACAGAUUUAGGUGUUGGCUUUUUGCCAUAGACAAAGGGCUCAUUUAAAUUUUAAAAAAUAUUUUUACAAAAGCUCUUCUAGACAGUUAAAAUGAUGCUAGAUGAGUCUCUUAGCCAAACCUGUAAUUCAGCUUUGGAAUUUGGUCUUUACCACCUUUUAAUAAAUGUAUUUUUUAAAAGGUACAGGACUAAAUAUAUUCUCAAUUAAAAGUAUGAUAGCAUAUACACAAAUAGGUAAGAUAAAAUAUUCCGUGUAGCAGCAGAAUCCAGGUUUCCUGUGUGAGUGACCUUCAAAGCUGACUACUUACUUGGCUAAAGAAUGUGACUUCACCUGUGUUUAAAGCCUCAAUUGUACAACCUCCUUACAGAAAAUACUGACCUUACUACAAAUAGUCUGCUGUGUGGUUUGCACUAAUAUUUGUAAUUAAUAGUAGAAGUUUUUGUUCAUUGACUUUUCUUUUGUGUUUGUAGUUUUUACUGUAUUUCUUGCUUUGUGAAAGGAGGAAAGCAAGCGAAUAGAAGUGAGCUCCAAUCUAUAAAAUCUUCUGUUUAAUUCUGAGCUUUGCAGCUGAGCUUUGUCUGUCUUGUAGACUGCUCUAGGUAAGGUGAUCUGUAAGCAAAUCUGUGCAGUUUGAGCCAGUCCGUGAAGUUCAGACAGGCAGGACAGGGGAGUGAAACCACUUUGUGUCUGAAUUGUCCAGGCUGCUCACAGCUUGCAGAAAUGAAUGUCAAAGGCCCAUAGGCACAGAGGAGAGAGUGGGAGGUUAAAUUCAUCCUCAGUUUUACCACAGACUUCCUGUGGGUCCCCAGAAGAACAACUCCUUACUCCCCACUUCUGCAAGGGAGGGAGUCAUUUCCUACCUCACAAAGGAGUGGUGAAGCUGAAUUCUCAGCGUGGCUGAAGCACACGGAUGUGAAUGUGACUGCAGGCACUCAGCAGCUCCCAGGGCUUUUGGCUUCCCAUUCUUCGCCCAGAGCUGGCUUGGAGCAGCCUGUCCCACAUCAGGGAUGCUGCUGGGCUUGGGUUCUGCUGAGCACUUUGCUCCCCUCUGUCCUGGGCCUGUCAGGAACCCCAAGAUGAGGCUUCUUAGCCCUUGGAAAUCAUGACAAAAGCAAUUUCAUUAAAGCAUUCCUUAUAGCAGGAUUCUGAAAAGUUCCUCAAAAAACCCCAUCAGGUACUGGUAGAUCAAACUGCCUUCUGACAUUUAAAACAUAUACAGAACAGUCCCCUUUCACUGGGAUUUAAAUUAAAUAGGAGAAUGGCUUUGCUGAAUCACUGCUUCCUGGAAACACCAGGUUGUUAACGUGGUUGUGUGGAUUAAGGAAAACCAUUAAUGAGACAAGGCCUGGAUGUCGGCUCAGUCAUGCAGGCCAAAACUCAUUCCCAACAUAGUUCACACAGAUCACAAGACAAAGCUUUUUUCAACUGUGGCCCAGAUUCUUCUUCCACUUAGCAUUUACAAAGACUUGGUGGAAUUAGAGCAACCAAGUGACAUUCUGAAUCAGAAUAAAUUUUGAUCAAGAACCCCAAUUAAUACUGCAGAAGAAGUGAAGCUUUUUAUCUAGAUUUAAACCCUUUCCUCCUUUUCCCCAUAAACACAAUUUCAUAGAUUGUAUGCUUUAAACAAACGGUAACCAAAGUUAUGUCCAUUCAAAAGACAAGUUACUAAUCUGCUCCAGAAUCCUUUCCCUUUAUAUGGAGACAGCUACAUUUACCUGACUUUAAAUGACUAAAAUAGUAAAAAAACCCCACACUAUACUGAGUUAUAACAACAGGCUUCUUCCUAAUUUUCCUGCCUUAAGAGUAACCUAUGUCAGAAAAGAUAUAAUUUAUAUGUGCUUAUUGUCAUUAGCAUAAUAUGUAGAUAUACUAUGAUUAUAUGUCAUAGUAUAACUGUAGUACUGAACGAAACUGGUUAAUAUUCCUAUAAAUCUUACAAUAAUUAAGUUUUCCUGAGAGCUUUCUGCAAAGCUUUAGGUCAGCAUUUGUUUAUAGCUAAGUUAUAAAUAUCUGUUAUGAACCUAAAAUAUAAUUGCUGCUGGUUUUUUUUUUUUAACUGAAAUGAAAGGGAGAGCUGGAAUAUAUAUAUACAUACAUAUAUAUAUAUUCAUGGAGUUGGUUGUAAAUUUCCUUCAUGCACUGAAGCACAUUAAAGUCUUGGCACAAGAAGUGGUAGUAAGUUUAUAACUGGACUGAACGUGUUUACGAAGCCGUCAGCAGCCUGGUGUGAUAGCUGAGAUCGCAGCACCACAAGGAUGUGAUUACAGUAUUAACUGCCUCUGUCAAAGCAUCUGGACUGCUUUGAUCCUGCAGCCACGUGGUUUAAUACCUGAGAGCUGCAGAGAUACCCGAGGGAUGCUACAACAUGGCAAAAAAGAGGUCUGAGUUCCAGCUCCAAAAAGACCUUUAGCGCACAGCCGCACAAGGCACUGAUGAAAUUCAGUGUAAACCUUGAAGUGGGUGUUGGUCCCAGCCCAGCUUUCCUGCUCCUGUGCUUUGUUCUCCUUUGCCCCAUGCCCCAGAUUGAAAGUUUAGGGUUGUUUCCUGCUGUGUUGCUACAAGCUCCUGGGAACUGACUCAGGGUAACAAAAAGCAGAUGCCCAAUAGCAAGGAAUUAAGAUUAAUCCGUUUCACAACACCUGGAUUUGUUCCUGUGUUUUCCUACAUCUUCAAGUGUUUCCCCAGGCACAUCUUGCACCUUCAUCCCUUGGUUAUUUCACAAAGCAGUUUAGGGCACUUUGCACGAUGUAGGAUCAGAGCAAAUGUUUGUAGCAGUAUUUCACCUGUGCGUGGUAGAGCCUUUUCAGAAGAGAUGUUCAAUAACUUUGUUUUCUUAUGAUUUUGGCUAGAUACCUUUUGUAGGUAGAUUUUCUCCCCCUUCUGCAGUUAGACUCUAUCUCUCUGUGGCAAAAAUAUCUUGUUCCUGACGGCUAUUGAAGCAUUCAGAUGACAGUUUAAACAAAAAAGGCAAAAUCUUGCAUAACAGAACCUAUAGUCAUUCUUAUCCUGCUUUCAUAGACCUGAGAAGUAUAUUAGUGUGUCUCCAAGAUUUUGGCUGAUAUUUGCAGGAAUAGAUGGAGGUUUUGUGUCCCUAGCUGAGGACCUCUUAAAGGAUGGGUGUUCAACAUUUCUGGAAGCCCAGACCUCUUUCAAGAGGUUUCAUGAUGCAUAAAAUCAUAAAUAAGUUGAAUUUCCUAACCUUCAUCUAAGUAAUUCCAGAACUGCAUUCCCAAUCAAAUCAGAAAGGCUAUUGUGAGUUUUAAGCCCUACAAACUAAAUAGAAAUGUUUCAUCUUUAAAGCAUUAUUUUGUAGUAUUUGGGCCUCUAUAUUUUUUUAUCUCUUACCAAACUUUACUAGAAACUUUUAAAAAUAAAAAUAUUGGAAGCAGGUAAACUUGAGUUAAACCUUUUAAGCUGCUAUGAUCUGUAACAAUGAUAUUGUUAAAAAUAAAUCUAAAUAAACACAAAGCUGGUUUAAUGUUCUCAUAUUUAUGAUGUUCAAAAGCCCAGAAUACAACAUACUUGAUGUGAAUGCAUUCAAUACCUUAUGCAUGACUGGUUUUUGCUUUUUGUCACAGAGCAGAGGAAAGAUUUGUAAGACCUCAUUACCAAGUGUGAUUUGAGAUGUGCUAUCAAAAUGAAGAACAAAUAAAUAAAGUGAAAUAUACCUGUGA